AUGAGACGAGACAGACGAGAGACCAGCUGUCAGCCAUCGAUUUCAUCUACAAAUAGUGACGGUGUCCAAGGCAGUACUUCAACGUCCAGUGAAAUUCCUGUACAAGGACUAAUACCUAAUGAGGCAGGACAUGGCUACGUUUCAUUGCAUAGACCAUCAGAAUUGUUAGCAACGUUACGCAAUCAAGCUGAUGAACUGUCACCUCCAAAGCCAGAUUUUUCAGCACCACCGCCUUACGAACUUGCUACUAAAUUACCAAGCUAUGAAGAAGUUCAAAGGGAGAAAACACUGCAAGGAGAAAAUCCAGUUCCACCUCCACCACACAUAAAUAUUGAUACUAUACCAACACCGCAACCAUUUACUAUUUUGGCAAUAGAUCCAAAUACUGCUGAAACUGAUGCAGAAAGUGGAUUACUUGGAACAGAUUUUACAUUUUUCACGGCUUUUUUAUUGGCUCUAUUCUUCAAUUGGAUUGGAUUUCUCUUAUCAAUGUGCUUCUGUCACACAAUCGCUGCUCGAUAUGGUGCUCUUGCUGGAUUCGGUUUGUCUCUAACUAAAUGGACAAUCAUAGUCAAACAUUCAACAGAUCUUGCAUCCCGUGCUAACUCGUGGUUAUGGUGGCUCAUAAUGGCUCUUGGUAUUCUUAUUUGCAUUCGUGCUAUUACUCAGUAUUUGAACAUCAAACGUGGAUGGAAAUUAUUAUCCGGCAGUGCCCAAGAACGUCUCCUCUUUUUCUAUUAA